AAUCUACCUCUGUUUUUAUAGUGCUAAAUACAAAUAUGAAGUUUUUAUCAAAUGAAGUCACGUUACUUCUGACGUCAUUUCUAUUUGUGACGUCAUUACACGCCAGGGUAAACAAUGGAAAAUUUUGGCACGUCACGGAUCUACAUCUAGAUUUCUAUUAUGACGAAACAAAGAUUGAUGCUAACACUAUCUGUCCUUCGUCGUUUGGUGAGAACACGAUGGACGCUGGACCUUUCGGCGAUUACAGAUGCGACUCACCAUGGCGACUUGUACAGUCGGCUAUCAGUGCAAUGAAGAAUAUCGAAGGCGAUCCGGACUUUAUCAUAUGGACAGGAGACGAUACCCUACAUACAUCAGACGAGGACAAAUACUUGGGCACGGAGUUGGUCCUUGAAACUAUUCGUAACUUGACCGAUCUCAUAAAGGGGACUUUCCCUAACACGACAGUCCACGCCUGCCUCGGGAAUCACGACUACCAUCACAAAAGCCAAAUACCUCCGGGACCAAGUUAUAUACUGUCUAAUGUAGCUGAGUAUUGGAGAGAUUGGAUGACAGAGGAGCAGUUCCAAAUGUUCAAUUCAACUGGCCAAUACAGUGUAGAAAUUGCCACGAAAGUAAACUUAAUCUCCCUCAAUACAAACGUGUGGUACACCAGCAACCAUGGUGUGAAUGGUACUGGGGAUCCUGGGAGUUAUUUCAAGUGGUUUGAAAACCAACUUCAACAAGCAAGGACGGGCUCGGCGAAGGUAUACGUCAUCGGUCACGUGCCACCCGGUCAUUUUGAAUUAGUUGAUUACAAAUACUGGUUUUAUCCGUCAUACAAUGAACGUUAUGUCGACAUCAUAAGGAGAUACAGUGAUGUCAUAAUCGGACAAUUUUUCGGCCACCAUCAUACGGAUACGUUUCGAAUGUUUUAUGAUGAAAAUAACAAAGCGAUAUCCAACCUACUGAUAGCUCCAGGCGUUACACCAUGGAUGACGACACUACCAGGCGCUAAGGAUGGGGCGAACAACCCCGGUGUCAGGUUGUUUGAAUACGAUGUUACGACUAUGAUACCAACGGAUUACGUACAGUAUUAUCUAAACCUACCGGACGCGAAUAAUAACGGAAGAGCAGACUGGCUAGAAGAAUACAGAGCAACGUCUGCUUUUGAACUUCCGGACCUCACAACCUCCUCAUGGGAUGCAUUAAGCAAGAGACUCGCAUCCGCUGACGUUUCGGAUCAAACAUCAGAAGAUACAAAGAUGUUGCAAAAGUUUUCUGAGAUCAAUUCCGUGUCGUACAACUUUGCAACUUGUGAUAAGCAGUGCCAACUUAACCAAGUUUGCGCUGUUAGAGAACUUAAUUAUGAGAAAUAUAAAGCAUGUGUGAGCGGCGGUAUCACACUGGUGCCUGUGUUUUACUUGUUGAUGUUUUCGUGUGCAGUGCUAAGCAUUUUGAUGCUGUAAUUUAUAACGUAUGACUCGAUUCUAUAGUUGCGAUAAUUGUUAGCAGUCAAUAUAAACUACUUUGAGCUACUUUGGAAUUCUUUCUGAUCCUUUUAAACGAUGUGCGAAUGCUGUUACACUGGUGCUUAUGUUUUCGCUGUUGUUGUUACUUCUACACUUUUGAGCAUUUGUAAACCAUAAUUUAGAACGUUUGAUGCGACUUUCUUUAGUUUUGGGGGUUAAACGUGAUCAACACUCUGGCCAGUUUACCAAUUUUAAUAAACAGAGCUACGUAA